UUUGGUGCUGUUUAUUUUCGUAUAACAAAAACAAUCCCUACUAAGUACCGCAAAAUGGAUAUUUUAUUAGAUCGAGAGCGAUGAGACUAGUUAUACUACUUUCGCUUUUCGUACUGGUUCCCGUCGCAUCUUCCAGGCCAUGCUACAGUGAACAAGGUAAAGGAGUACCCGGAAGAGUAAAGCGACAACAGGUUAAUGCACUUCCUGUUCAUCUACGCCACGGACAUAUAGAAACAAGAAAAGGCAUUAUUUUCGUUAAAAAACAGGGAAACAAGAAAGAGUUUAAUGUGGUUCAUAUCCCAGUGUUGCAGAACAAACAAGGAGUUCCAUUUGAAAUCACUGCAAUGGAAAGCGGCAACUCCUACCUGACCGGUCCAGCCCUACGUAUCCUUGGUUCCAAUAACAAGUACGAUGCAAAAAAUCCUACUAUAUUCUUUCCUAUCUUAAAUACGGAUCAUUCAGAGAAAUAGAACAUGGUACGGUCACGAAGCAGUAUUGGCGACAUCCGAUGGACCAAUCACAGGACGCUAGAUAAAUGCUCAGCCAAUCAAGAUGCUAGAACUACGCGAUUGACGCAGGAACGGUCCGAUACUAAAGGAUUUUUUUUAAAGGACGUAUAGGGAUUGGGAAUUACUGAUCGAGAUGUUGAUCAUAAAAUCGAAAGAAUAAACCAGAUUCUAUCGCCAGUCUAUACUACGUAUUUUCUGGAGAAUAGCUCAACAAUAUCUUUACUCAAUAAACCAAACUAUUAAUGAAGAAAUGUAAAACAGCUUAGCGUGUUUGAUACUCUAAUCAAAACAGGCGGGCUACCGAGAACUCGAGAAGAAUAAACGUAUCGUAGAAAACCACGACGCGAAACGGA